AUGCCGGUCCGGAGGGGUCACGUGGCGCCACAGAACACAUUUCUUGGUGUCAUUAUUCGUAAAUUCGAGGGACAAAAUAAGAAAUUCAUUAUCGCCAAUGCUUGCGUGCAAAAUUGCGCCAUCAUCUACUGCAAUGACGGAUUCUGUGAGAUGACCGGUUUCUCUAGGCCUGAUGUCAUGCAGAAGUCUUGCACGUGUGAUUUCCUGCACGGCCAGUUCACCAGUCAGUAUGCCAUCACCCAAGUGGCCCAAGCCCUGCUGGGCUCAGAGGAACGCAAGGUGGAGAUCAUGUACCAACGGAAGGAUGGUUCAAAGUUCUUCUGUGCCACACACAUCAUCCCAGUUAAGAACGAAGAGGGUGUGGUCAUGAUGUUCAUUCUUAACUUUGAUAACAUUCUGGAUGUGGGCAGCAGUGACUCAGUGGAGAAGCUAUACCACGACUACCCUUCUAAAGCUGACCAGCGCAAAAGGAGAUUCUUCCAUUUUCGUUUGCCGGUUUUAUCACUUCUGGGCAUUAGCAAGCAGUCCCUGCCUCAGGAAGACCCUGAUGUGACAGUGGAGUCUCCUUGCCACAGCCUUGACUCAGUGGCAAUCUGCAAUGACAACCUCACGGAUGCCCGUGAGAGCUGGAGUCCCUCAAACCCCAAUGAUAGCAACACCCUCAUCACCCCAAGCUUCUGUUCCACACCUGUGUCUUGCCCACUGGACCACACAUCCCCCAAAAGUCCUUGGGAAAGAUUUUACCAAGAUCCUGCCGCUACCCAAACCUAUGACAAGAACCAGGUGGACACAGUGAUUGUUGCUCCAUCUAUCCCAGGCCUCACUCCAACUGCAUCUAGGGAGAGUGUAUGUAGUAUUCGAAGAGCCUCUUCCCUCUACAACAUUGAUGGUUUUAGAUCAAACUCCAAAAUGGGCUUCAGGGAUCGACAUUCCAAUGAAGCAGGUCCUCUCAUCCAGAUAAAAUCAAGUCUGCUCUGCUCCACCUCUGACUCUAACCUAAGCAAGUACAGCACAAUCAACAAAAUUCCCCUCAUCACACUUAACUUCUCAGAGGCCAAUAUUGAGAAUAAGUGCCCCUCACCUUCUUCUUCUGAGAAAACCGUUAUUGCAUCCAAGGUCAAAGACCGCACGCACAAUGUCACGGACAAAGUCACACAGGUUCUUUCGCUUGGUGCUGAUGUGCUGCCCGAGUACAAACUCCAGUCGCAACGCAUGGACAAGUGUACUAUCCUUCACUACAGCCCCUUCAAAGCAGUGUGGGACUGGCUCAUUCUGCUAUUGGUCAUCUACACAGCCAUUUUCACACCUUACUCUGCAGCCUUCCUCCUUAACGACAUUGAGGAGCAGAAGAGACGUGAGUGCGGCUACUCCUGCUCGCCGCUUAAUGUGGUGGACUUGAUGGUGGACAUCAUGUUCAUCGUAGACAUCCUCAUAAACUUUCGGACCACGUAUGUUAACAACAAUGAGGAGGUGGUGAGCCACCCUGGCAAGAUAGCCAUUCAUUACUUUAAAGGCUGGUUCCUCAUAGACAUGGUAGCCGCUAUCCCAUUUGACCUGCUCAUCUUUGGAUCGGGAUCUGACGAGACCACCACUCUAAUUGGUCUAUUAAAGACAGCACGCCUUCUGCGUCUGGUACGCGUUGCACGCAAGCUGGACCGCUACUCCGAGUACGGCGCUGCUGUGCUAAUGCUGCUAAUGUGUAUUUUUGCACUAAUCGCUCAUUGGCUGGCCUGCAUCUGGUAUGCGAUCGGCAAUGUAGAGAAACCUUACUUGGAGCACAAGAUUGGCUGGCUGGACAACCUGGGCUUGUCCAUAGGAAAAAAAUACAAUUACAGUGACCCAAGCUCAGGGCCAUCCAUCAAAGACAAGUAUGUCACUGCACUGUACUUCACCUUCAGCAGUCUGACCAGCGUGGGCUUUGGCAACGUCUCCCCCAAUACCAACUCUGAGAAGAUUUUUUCUAUUUGUGUCAUGCUCAUCGGAUCUUUGAUGUAUGCCAGCAUCUUUGGAAAUGUGUCAGCUAUCAUCCAGAGGUUGUAUUCAAGUACGGCCCGUUAUCACCUCCAGAUGCUCCGUGUCAAAGAAUUCAUCCGUUUUCACCAAAUCCCAAACCCGCUUAGGCAGCGGCUUGAGGAGUACUUCCAGCAUGCUUGGACAUACACCAAUGGCAUUGACAUGAACAUGGUCCUGAAGGGUUUCCCAGAGUGCCUGCAGGCAGAUAUCUGCCUUCACCUCAACAAGAAUCUUCUACAGGGCUGUAAAGCGUUCCACGGCGCAACUAAAGGUUGCCUCCGGGCCCUGGCAAUGCGGUUCAAGACCACACACGCACCUCCUGGAGACACACUGGUUCACAGCGGGGACGUGAUCAGCAUGCUAUAUUUUGUCACACGUGGCUCCAUCGAGAUCCUCAAAGAAGAUAUUGUUGUUGCCAUCUUGGGCAAGAACGAUAUCUUUGGCGAAAUGAUCAACCUCUACGCCAAGCCAGGGAAAUCGUGCGCUGAUGUGCGGGUGCUGAGCUAUUGCGACCUGCACACCAUCCAAAGAGAGGAGCUCUUGGAGGUUCUGGACAUGUAUCCAGAAUUUGCUGACCAUUUUAUCACUAACCUGGAGCUGACCUUUGACCUCGGUGAUGAAAAUGCCAAGACGCCCUACCAACAAUACACCGAUUCCAACAUGGAUGCAACAGUGUGUCGAAGAAGAGUGUCAUGCAUAAGGAAAUCUUCCAAUGGCGGUCAACAAAAGGAGACACUGGCAACAUUCAGCAAGCAGCAAGAUUCUGCCACUAAAGGAAAUAAAGACGAGGAGGUACUUGAGGAGACAAACAGGAGGGAGGAGGAAGAGAAACACAAGUAUUGGUGUUCCAGCACGCUGGGCUACCCUGUGGUAAAAGACCAACGCUUUGGUGUUGGCCUCAGCAGUUCUGAAGAUGACACGCAUGCAAAAGAGCUCCUCCAAGACGACUGGACACAUACAGGCUUUAACAUUGAGGAAAAGCAAUCAUCGUUGUGCCAGGCAACUCCAGGUGAUCAGAAUGAAAGUGGUAUGACGUACCUCAGCUACAUGGAAGUGGAGCAAAGACUUGACAGGCUGCAACAGCACCUUGACAGGCUGGAAUCUCAGAUGACGGCCAACAUACAGGCCAUCCUCCAGCUCCUCCAGAGGCCAACUACAGCUUUUCCGCCUGCCUACAGUACCAUCCUGCCCAGAGGAUCAAAGGUUGACCAUCAGGUUGUAGCUGGCCAUUCAGAUGGCUCCCAGACUCGGUCCUUCGACACUUCCACCUCUGACCUGUGA